UCUUUAUAAUAUUUAUCGUGUACGUGUAUAUAUGCGGCAAUUAGGACUCGCAUAUGUAGAAACAUGUUUCAAAAUGUAUUAAUCGAAGAACAACAGUAGCAGUGCAAUGAUAGAUAUUAAAAAAUUCGUUCUCAGCCGAUAAUAAUAACUAUAUGUUUCUUGAUGAUUUAUUUUCGAAUUCGAUGCCAAUUCGAAAUAUCAUUGUAAAAUGAUAAAAAAUUGUAUGACGACAGUAACUGAGGAGGAGUGGAAGCAAUUACCACUACAAACAUUACUAUAUGAAUGGGCUCGAAGGAAUCUAACCACACCGAGUGACAUGAGUACUGUACUCUCCUAUGUAGGUCUGUUUUUAAUCGCAUGGUAUACAAUAAUAUGGAUCACGCGAUUAGUAUUAGCUCUAAUAAGGCCGAUUUUCUUAGUAGUUUCAGCUAUCGUUGUAUUACGGAUCUUACAAUACUAUGAACCGGAUGAAAUAAGAGCAAUUAUGAUCAAUACGUAUAAUAUAAUUUCGAAUACAAUAGUCAAAGUAAUGAGUAAAUUAUUUUCAAAUGUUUUAAAUCUCAUCGAUUAAAUCUCAUGAGAUUAUAAUCAAGAUAAAUCAUUAUAUGUGUGACUUACACCGCUCCCACAUCGCCCACAUGGACGAUAAUUUAUUGCAAUCUAUUUUAAUUCGAUGUUUUUACAUAUGGGAC